GGAAAAUAACAAUAGAAUAAGCAAGUGGAUAGAAAAAGAUAAUCAAAAUACACAAAGAGCCAAACCUUCAAUUCACUUGGCAAAUCGCUCGGCGACAAAGACGACGAAUCCAGCAAGGAUCUAGAAACGGCAUAUCGAAGAGUAACUCUCUCCCUCAGAUUCAGAAAAACCACAGGCUCGAGAAAGUGUCGGCGACGCAAGGAAGGAAGGAAGGAAGGAGGAGAUUCGAAUUGUGCGAGAACAGAGCGGCAAUGGAGUCCACCGAGUCAUAUGCCCCUGAAGAGCUCACCGACCGAUCCCCUGAACCUUCCGAAGAUGACUCUGCUGAGAAGCCAACGCACAUUCGGUUUCUUGUAUCCAAUGCGGCUGCUGGUUCUGUCAUUGGGAAAGGAGGCUCCACCAUCACCGAGUUUCAGGCUAAGUCCGGGGCCCGGAUCCAGCUCUCGCGUAACCAAGAGUUUUUCCCUGGGACGACUGAUAGGAUUAUUAUGAUAUCGGGAUCCAUUAAAGAAGUUGUCAAUGGACUUGAGCUUAUCCUUGAUAAAUUGCACAGCGAGCUUCAUGCUGAAGAAGGUAGUGAUGUUGAGCCUAGGAGAAGACUAAGACUCGUGGUUCCUAACAGUUCUUGUGGAGGCAUUAUUGGAAAAGGAGGGGCCACCAUCAAGUCAUUUACUGAGGAAUCUAAAGCUGGUAUUAAGAUAUCCCCUCUGGAUAAUACCUUCUAUGGGUUGAGUGAUAGGCUAGUGACGUUAUCUGGAACCUUUGAGGAGCAGAUGCGGGCAAUUGAUUUGAUUUUGGCUAAGCUUACCGAGGACGAUCAUUACUCCCAGAAUGUACAUUCCCCAUAUUCAUAUGCAGGUCUUUCCCACUCUGGUUUUCAUGGUCAUCCAUAUGCGUAUGUGCUUCCUUCUGUUGCAACAGCGGGAUACAAUUCAGCUAACUACGCACACAACGGUUCUGGAGGCAGGUAUCAAAACCACCAAAAGGAAGAGGCUGGUAGCACGGUGACAAUUGGUGUGUCGGAUGAGCAUAUAGGAUUGGUCCUUGGCCGUGGAGGAAGAAACAUCAUGGAAAUCACUCAGAUGACCGGUGCUCGUAUAAAAAUAUCAGACCGAGGCGAUUUCAUGUCUGGAACCACUGACAGGAAAGUGACGAUCACAGGAUCACAGAGAGCAAUUCAACAAGCUGAGACGAUGAUAAAACAGAAAGUUGAUUCAGCCUCUGAGAGAGAGACCGAAUAAAGAAGUCUCCAUCUUGGUUCCUCAUCUUUGGUCAUUUUGUUGAGGCUUAAGCUUUGAGAUGGGGAUCACAAAUCAUCUUGGAGUGAGGCAGAGAGUUCUCUCUAGGAGCUUUGUUUCUUCUUGUUCAUGUCUUUGACAUAAUACAAUGUGUUUUUUUUUUCUCUUGGGAGAGAAGCAGGUUUGGAUUUAGAAGUACUAUUUUCACUU